AUGGCUUCCAGCUCACAUAGGCCAUUCAAGCUUCCCCUUGGUCCCCUUUCGCGCUCCAACAAUGGCGAUCAUUCCUCCGAGUCCGAUUAUCCGGGCGGCCGUCGCGACUCCAUGGCCGCCCUCUCUAUCUCCUCUCAUGUCAACCAGGAACAGCUCGCUCACACUCUUGACCGAAUUCACAAUACAGCAAGCCAAUCUGGGGUCCUGACCACCUUCAAUGAUUUCGCCCCGCCACCUCCACCUACUGUGCCUGUUGCCGAGAAAAAAGGAACUACGGGUGACUUGGUACAGCAAGGCUUGAGUGGUCUCUACAGCCGUUUAAAGGAGGUUGUCGGGGUGGCAGGGAAACCUUCCGCCCAGGAGGCUGAAAGUUCUACUAACACCCAGGAUGCCACGCCCAAAAAUCUCAAGAGCCCGAUUCCCAAUAGCCCCAACAACAGUAGCACCAAGAUAUCGGUUGCCUCCCCUCCAAAGGGAGACGGUUCGUCCAUCAAGUCGCUUUUUGAUACAAAGUCGCCCUUUGAUACAAAGUCGCCCUUCGAUGCAAAAUCACCCUUUGAAGCAAGGCAUGCCUUUGACGGGCCCGCCUCUCUUGAGAUCCCAACCGCUGUGUCUACUGGCACAUCUCCAAUUUCGCCAACCACCAUUCCAGCAGACCUCCAGUCCCCCCCACAGACAACCAGACCAUCACUUGGUACGCUGCCGAGCCUCAAGACCGGAAACUCAAGCGCACAGACAAUUCCGAGGACGGGAAGGACGCCCCAGUCAACCGCGGCCAGCCCUACCGUUGCCCCCUUCAUGGGAAAAGGGUCUCUCGAAAGAGACAGCUCUAGGGGUCCUGCCAAACACCUCGAUGAGCCCUCAAGUUGGGGUUCUAGCCGGCGGAGCAUCAGCAGACAUGGUGACGGAUCCACGUCGCCUAGCAUUGCCGUGAGAACAAGUGUAGAUACCACGACGGCCGCUUUGGCGCGCAGUAGAAUGGAGGACGCUGUGAGUAUCGACGGAGGCAUCAACAGUCCCAUGAGCCCUUCUGGGCCUAUACCAGACGUGUGCAUCUCCUCUGCCUCCUCGCGCUUGUCUGAGACCACUCAAGUCAAGCGAAGGCCUGCCAUUAUUGACCGCAUAAGCCAGUCCAGAGUUCAUAGCCAUUCCAGGUCCUCGUCCAUGGAACCUGGCAAGGCACAGCCAAGUCCCAUUAGCACAUCGGCUCACAGCACUAUCUAUCAUGACUCAUUUACUCACAAUGUCAAACCACAGAGGUUGCAAUCUGGAGCAAUGAAAAUCCCAGGCACCACGACAAACGAAGGAGCCCCCGAGGUCGUCAAUGCUAGACUAGAAAUGAUGAAGAAGCAGGUCCUCAGCAAAGAGUUCUGGAUGAAAGACGAAACCACCAAAGAAUGCUUUGCCUGCGGGAGCCCAUUUACUGCCUUUCGGCGCAAGCACCACUGCCGCACGUGUGGCUGCAUCUUCUGUUCAAAAUGCACCUCUACCAUUUCAGGACAGAAGUUUGGCGUCCAGGGAACGCUUCGCGUCUGCAAGAAUUGCUUGGAGGUCAUAAACCGCCGCUAUGAAAGCGGCUCAGAUGAUUCGGCGGAUGAGCCCUUCUUGCCCGCCAUCUUUCGUCCCAACCAGACUAAGCCGCCUCCUCUUGCUCUUGCUCGACCUCAGGCUGAUGAUGAGGUUAGUAUUGCGGAGCGAACGGAGCAAGCAAAUGACACAAGGUCGGCCAAGACACCAAUGAUGGCGAUUCCGGCCACACGCCGAGUUGGCGACAGCAAUCGUCACUCGGCCGUUCUGGAGAUUGAUAUGCCACAGCUCAGCCGCCCCGGAUCAUCUCGGUCGCUGAGAUCACUCGCGGCGGGCCGACCGCAAUCAUCUAGUCAUCGCAGGCUUCAUUCAAAACAUACCUUCUUGACUAGGUUCAAGUCUUCUGCGACUGACGAUAGGGCACCGUUUCGCAAGCCUGCUAGCGAAGACCUUGGGAGGAAAUCCAAGCUCAGCGCCUUCCAUGACGACAAUAUCAUUGAUCCAGAACUUGCCCCUUACAUGUCGGACGAGUCAACUGAUGACGAACAAAUGAGUAGCAUAUUUGCAACCAUGAACAGCAAUGAUGUGCCAGCGGCCAGCCUCGAUCCCGACAAAACAAGCAUGGGUGCCUUUAUGAAUGCUGCAAACAGAAAACAUCGGUUCCGUCACGGCGAGAAGAGCAUCAGCGGACUUAGUUAUACCAGCAGAGGCCACGAAGAUACUGGCUUACCAACUCUCUCUCUCCACACCCGGCCAACCCGAAAGAGAAAUCUCAGCACUGCAAGUGUCACGGGCCAUCCGCUGCGGUCACCUCGCCCAAGAUCUGGCAUCUUUAGCAUGAUGCUAAACCCGGGUGCUUCAGCUGACGCCUUGUCUCUCUGGGAUAAUCCUGGAGUUGUCGAAGCAUCUGCACUCAGUAGAAGGGAUUCUUACUUCGAGGGCAGGUCAUCAGCCGGUGGAUUAAACCCCAUAAGCAUGAACCACGUCAAGAAGCUUUUCCGGCAGCUUUUGAACGAUGCAGAAAUCCCCAACCCUGCAGCGUGGGAAAAGGCCCUCAUCCCAAUCCUUGAUAGAUGUGCCGAUGACGUUGAUCCGGAUGUCCGUAACGGAGAUGACAUGGACAUUCGCCACUGGAUCAAGCUGAAAAAGAUACCUGGCGGCAAACCUGGCGAUACUGCUUACGUCCAUGGAGUCGUCUUUUCCAAGAACUUGGCCCUCAAGACCAUGCCCCGCAAGAUCGAGAAUCCCAAAAUCGUCAUCAUCACUUUUCCCAUCGAGUAUCAGCGGCACCAGGAGCAGCAUUUUAUGAGCUUGCAGCCGGUCAUAGAGCAGGAAAAGGAGUAUUUGAGGAUGGUGGUGAACCGAAUCCUGAACCUCGAGCCUCGGGUGUUGCUCGUCGAAAAGAACGUUUCUGGCGUGGCUUUACAAUAUCUCUCGGAAGCCGAAGUUGCGGUCGUGUAUAACGUCAAGCCGUCAGUCAUCGAGGCUGUCUCCAGAAUUGCCAAUAUUCCCAUCAUCUCAUCCAUGGAUAUGCUAAGCUUGGGUGCGCACGUCGGAACCUGCCAAAGCUUUGAAGUCAAGACCUUCGUCAACAAGGAGCUCAAAGGCAGGAAGAAGACGUACAUUUUCAUCUCUGGCUGCCCAAAAGAGCGCGGCUGUACUAUUGCUCUUCGCGGCGGGUCGACAGAGAUUCUGUCCCGCAUGAAGAGAAUCACCGAGUUCAUGGUUUAUGUGGUUUACAACCUAAAGCUCGAAUCCUGUCUUAUGCGCGAUGAAUUUGUUUUUGUGCCUGAAGAGCUCGAGUCCCCUCCACGAUCAACUACGAAGCUCCUGAGUAACGGCAGUCAAGACCCGUCGUCAGCUACUCCAAGCGCGCAGACUGGGAAAAAUUCCCCUCACAGCGUGAUCCACCACAUCUCUGAACAUGAUCAGUCUUUAGAACCAUCUCAAGCGACUGCUAGACCUGUCGGGAGCAUAAAUUCGGCUGAGGAACAUUCAGCCGCCGCCCUCGACACCAGCUCGUCGAUCAAGGAAGAGACUGAGGAGGAAUUGCUUCGCGCUGAGUCAGAAACCCAUGAAGGUCAAGGUGCGGAAAACUUGCCUAUGCCGACAUAUUAUGGUGACAUGGUAGCCAAAUAUGAGACCAGAAUUCUCUCUGCGUCACCCUUCGUCAAGUUCACUCAACCUUACCUGCUCAUGAAAGCCCGAGAGCAGGAGAGGCGUCUGGUGUAUCUCAAACGCCUUCGUGACCAGGACAUCGUCGAAGAACUCGGAGAAAGCGAGAAGAGUGAGCCUCAGCCUAGGCAAUUUCAGCUUAUCAAGCCUGAAAUGGUGCAUGAACUUGGCCAAAAGGCACCGCGCCACAUCAUGGAGGUGCUCCAUGCUGUCCAUGAUGCGGAAUACGACAAGGCCUUGUACAACUAUCAAACCCAAACCAGACAAUGGGAGAAUUAUAUUCAGGGAAGCCUCGACCUGUUCGAUCCAUACUCCCAUCAGAGCAUCGUUAUUCUGUACUCAGUCACAUGCAACGUGACCCAAGUUCCAUGCACGGAGCCCAGCGUGGUCGCCUUUGAGUUCUACAAGGAGAAUCCAGACCCACUUAGUGGAAUGUACCAAGAUUGCACCCUGGGGCAGUACAUAGAGGACGUUUGCGAAAGCGCCGACUCAAUCUGCCACUCCAAUGGAUGCGACCGAAAGAUGUUUGAGCAUUACCAGACAUAUGUUCACGAAAACGCGCGAAUUACUGUCAUGGUGGAGGACAAGCCAAAAUGGCCAGAGAACUUCCCCGAGAAACCGCACGAAAGGGAUGGUUGGCAAGAUGGCACCGGCAUCUGCAUGUGGAAUUACUGCAAGUUAUGCAACAAACAUUUCGGACUGAUGCCCAUGUCAGUAAGCACCUGGAAGUAUUCUUUCGCAAAGUAUCUGGAACUGUCUUUCUGGAGCCGUGGUCUACGCCUUCAUCCUGAGACAGGAUGUCCUCACGAUCAUAAAAAAGACCAUGUUCGGUUCUUUUACUACCUAUACCGCGACAUUGCCGUCAGGAUACACUACGACCCGAUCGACUUGUACGAAAUCAUUGUACCUAGAUCUCGUAUCACCUGGAAGGUUGACCAUGAUCUGGAGUUGAAAAAUCAAGUCUUUCUCAAGGCCGAAGAGCGCUGGAACCGCUUCAUCAACUCCGUAAAAGCCAGGCUGAAGAGCAUCAGAAUCGAUAGCGUCUUGCCGGAGAAAACGGAGCAUUGCAAGGCUGAGGUGGAAAGAAUGACAAAGAAGGCACAAGAGGAUCAGGCCGAGCUGAUUCAGGACCUCCAGGAUGCCUACAUGGGCUCAAAGUACUACGAGGUUCUUCCCAUGAACGGAGUCAUACGUCAGAUGGCUGAGAGAGCUACUGAAUGGGACGUCGCAUUCACUAAAUUUGAGGCCGACUUCCUUUCGGACAAAGAUGUUCGUCAGUUGACUAUCAUCCAGCUGAAGAAGAUGUUUGACCCAAAAUCUGGAUCCUCAGGUGCUGAACUUGGGGAGAAGCCUGAGAUAACUCACUCCCAUGUCAACGCCAGCGAAAUUGAGGUGAAAGAAAAGCCAUCGCAGCCAACGGAAGAUGAAGGCCCCAGUCCCAAGACGCAUUCUCCAGUGUCUUCAGCGACCAAACCUAUUCCUGUGGUGAGGGAGGAAGCAGUAGAAGAGGCCGGCUCCAUCCUGGAUGGAGUUGAGCAUCUUGACCUUGCAACUGCAUCCUCGCCCACGCUCCUUAGGAAGGGGGAUCCCGUCCUCGAAGCAGCAAAGGUCACCGUCAAUGAGCCAACGCCGAUUGUUGCGCCCGCAGCCCCCACACAACAACCAACAUCUCUCUCAAAAGUUAACGAAGCGCCUCAUGAGUCGUCUCUGGCAGAGAUGAUGGAACCCAAGCGCCGAGAACAACAUGUAGCCAUGCCUGAGGCUACUACCCAUGCUGCGGGCGGCGAGGGUUCGAUGGAAGGUUACAGGCCCAUUGUACCGGAGCGCACGUCAUCUCGUAAGGCGGGUUUGGCGUUAUCGCCUCCCUUAACACGGGCCAUUUCGCAGCCGGUGGGAGUUAUUCCGAAGCUCCAGUCCGCUAUCCCGAAGGCUAAGGAGCAUAAGAUGCCAGAGCCGGGUGAUCUCGCACGGGCAACAGGGGACGGCUCAUCUGCCAAGGGAGAUAAGAAGUUCCUUGGGAUGAAGAUCCGCCCUUCUGCCAUCCCACGCUAUCGACAUAGGAAUUCGAAGGUGUUCACUCUUGCACGUCACUUUGAGGAGUUGAGUCGAGAGUUUGAGAAGGAGCGGAUCAAGGACAAGAGAGAGCGGCAAGCCAAGAUGUCUUUUCCUCGUGCAUAUCUGCCACGUUCAACAACCAAGGCUAUCGUGGAGAUUUACGAGGAUGUCGACCAGGCCGUUCAAGAACCCGGUACCGCGGAAGAGGGCCAUCCUGGUGACAAGGACUCGAAAGACAGAAGACCAAUAGAGGGCUCCUUUCCAUCGGAUCAAAUCCAAGGGGAUUCUGCCAGAUUGUCUGCAGACCAUGGCCGCACUUCGUCGAUCGAGAUCCCAUCUCAAGAGCAUACCCAUCAAGAUGGGAACCAUGAAGCGGAGGGAGACGAAGAACAACACGAGAGUGAAGCUGACUCCGAUGGUGAAGGUGCAGAUAGUGAUGCCGACCGGUCAUCAUAUACGUAUGACGAUAUCCCGACCGAUGUGAGGGACCUUGCUGCAUCCAUCGAGCCAAGUGAGGAAAUACCUGAAGAGCUGCCGAAGCAUCAAAGGAAGAGUCUCAUGACAAUGCUCACCAACUUCUGGGCCGAACGCUCCGCCAGUGGAUGGCCUACGCUUGACUACCCUUACAAUUCAACCGACCACAUGUUUACAGACUCAAACGUGAUUGUCAGAGAAGACGAGCCAAGUUCGGUUGUGGCCUUUGCGAUGAACUCCACGGAUUACCAUAUCCAACUUCGAAACAUUCGAAGGAACUCUAGGAGAACCCAGCAGCAGCAACAAUCACAAAGGCAGCAGAAAGAGCAACAGCAAGAGCCAGCGUCCCAGGAUUUCGAAGAGAGCAGUGACAGCGGCAUGCUGGAGAUUAAGAGCGGCGGCGCCGGUCCAGACCUCAGCGAAGCCGAACUAGAACAGAGCAUGCUCCGCCCCUUUGGCACCCACCUCAAGUUCCAAUUCAUGGAAGGCUCCGGCAAGUUCACCUGCAAGAUCUUCUUCGCCGAGCAAUUCGACGCGUUACGACGCAAAUGCGGCGUCGGCGACCGCAUUGUCGAAUCGCUCUCUCGCUGUCUCAAAUGGGACUCCAAAGGCGGCAAGACCAAAUCGGUCUUCCUCAAGACUCUCGACGACCGACUCGUCAUGAAAUCGCUUUCUCCCGUCGAGACCUCCGCCUUUCUCGGUUUUGCGCCCGUCUACUUUGAGUUUAUGGCCCAAGCCCUGUUUCAUGAACUCCCCUCCGUCAUCGCCAAGAUGUUGGGUUUCUUCCAAGUAAUCAUCAAAAACCCCAUCACCAACACGGAAGUCAAACUUGACCUGCUUCUCAUGGAGAAUUUGUUCUACGACCGCUCACCAACCCGCACGUUCGACCUCAAGGGGUCCAUGCGCAAUAGAAAGAUCCAAUCAACCGGCGAACAAAACGAAGUUUUGUUGGACGAAAACAUGGUCGAGUACAUCUGGGAAUCCCCUCUCUUCGCACGGGAGCACUCCAAACGGCUCCUGCGCGCAUCGGUAUGGAACGAUACGCUUUUCCUCGCUCGCCAAAACGUGAUGGAUUACUCGUUGAUGAUCGCCGUCGAGGAGAACAAGAAGGAGCUGGUGGUGGGCAUGAUUGAUUGCAUUCGCACCUGGACGUGGGACAAACGCCUCGAAAGCUGGAUCAAAGAUAGGGGGUUUGCGGGGGGAGGGAGGAAUCGGCCGACGGUGACGAGUCCGAAGGAGUAUAAGAGUCGGUUUCGAGAGGCUAUGGCUAGGUAUAUCCUCCAAGCACCUAAUUGCUGGCAUCACUUUGGAAGUGGCCUAGGCUCGACCGGUAAUCCUUCUUUGCAGGCGGUUGGACAUGCUCCUAGGGCGAGGUUCGCGGGUGAUGUUACCCCGUCGUCAGGCAGGGGGUCGGUAAGAGGGUCGGUGAGGGGGAUGGAAUAAAAGGUGGUCGAGGGUAGAUGGAAGGACAGCGAGCAGAAUGUGCGAGGGUAUGGCUGGCAAGGAGAAGAGCGUAAUGACAUUAUGACACAGUAUAUGGGUGGGGACGAUGAGAAGCACGAGAGUCUGUUAUUACGCCGCAGUUUUGUUUGUCUGUUGCGUUGUCAUGAUCAGUAUUGUUGAGCACGGCGUUUGUUGUUUUCACCCAUCAGACAGAGAAUGAAAAGGGGAGAUUCGUUUUUGGUCCGUUGCCC